UCUUGGUUGAUCUUUUCGUAGCCAUGGAUGACGACUAUUACUUGAGCUGCGAGGAGGACGAGGAAGAAAAAGAAGAAGAGGAGGAUGAUUAUGAUAAGGAUGAUAAUGAUCAAUAUGAGCAGGCUCACCGUGACGAGUCCACAAAAUCAACUAGCCAAAUCAUCACGAAUGAAUCACUUGUAGCCGCACAGAAGGAAGUUUUGGUUAGGGUUAUGGAACUGCUCACUCUCAAGAAAAGCCAAGCAAGGACUCUUCUCAUUCAUUACCGAUGGAACGUCGAUAAACUAUUAGAUGUUUAUAGUGAAAGAGGCAAAGAGAGUCUAUUCAAAACUGCUGGUCUAACUGUCUUUGCUCAUACGUCCUUGUCUGAAUCUAGAUACUCUUUGAGGAAGAAGAUGACUUGUGAGAUCUGCAUGGACGACGAUUUACAAAGCUACACGAUGACGAGGAUGGACUGUGGUCAUUGCUUUUGUAACAACUGUUGGAAGGAGCAUUUUACCGUGAAGAUCAACGAAGGUAUGAGCAAAAGAAUCACAUGCAUGGCUCAUAAAUGCAACGCGAUUUGCGAUGAAGAUGUUGUUAAGAAGCUAGUUUAUCCCGAACUAGCCGAGAAGUUUGAUCGUUUCCUCGUUGAGUCGUACGUUGAUGAUAACAAGAGGGUCAAGUGGUGUCCAAGCACGCCUCAUUGCGGUAACGCGAUAAGGAGAGAAGAUGAUGGUGGCGAGGUUGAGUGCUCGUGUGGUCAUCAGUUCUGUUUCAGCUGUCUAAGUGAGUCUCACUCUCCUUGCUCUUGCUUGAUGUGGAAGCUGUGGAAAAAGAAGUGUGAAGAUGAGUCCGAGACGCUUAACUGGAUAACGGUCCACACUAGGAUGUGUCCUAAAUGCAGCAAAGCUGUUCAAAAGAGUGAUGGAUGCAACCUCAUGACUUGUAUCUGUGGCCAGCAUUUUUGUUGGUUGUGUGGUGGGGCUACUGGUUUAAGCCAUACAUGGACUACUAUCGAUGGUCAUAGUUGUGGUAAGUUCAAAGAAGAAAAGGUGAGGCAAAUGGAGAGAGCCAAAAGGGAUUUAAAACGGUAUACACAUUACUAUCACCAAUACAGAUCACAUACUGAUUCAUCAAAGCAAGAGUUUAAACUGAGAGAGAGUGUCCGCGAGAAGGUGGCGUCAUUGUCGGAAAAGACACACAAGUCGGAGCAGAAAUGGGCAUCAAAUGGAGCCGAUCUGUUGUUCAGAUCAAGAAAAGUUCUUUCAUAUACAUAUGUUUUUGCCUUCUACAUGUUUGGUGAAGAACUGUUCAAAGAUGAGAUGAGUGAUGAGGAAAGAGAGAUGAAGAAGAUUCUGUUUGAGAAUCUGCAGCAGCAACUUAUAGGUUAUAUUGAGAGGCUUUCCAAAACUCUGAACCAGCCUUUUGAUUAUUAUAGUUCUGAUGAGUUGGAGAAGAUGAAUGAUGAGACCAUGAGGUUUGGUAUUGUGGUUGAUAACCUCUGCAAGGAGAUGUAUGAGUGCAUUGAGAAUGAGUUGUUGGGUCCAACAGUAGCUGGACACAACCAUAGCAUUGCACCUUAUAGAUCGGAGGGGAUAGAGAAAGCAAUUGAGUUUGGUGCUGACAUGGUCUGAGGUUCAAGCGGAGGGACUUCUAUGUCUGAGCAAGAUUCAUGAUCAUGGAACUUGUUGAAGGCAAGUGCUCUUUGUAGCUUUUGCUUUGUAAACCGUCGAUGCAGUGCACAAUUGAACUUUUA